CAGACAUGGGACUAAUGAGUGAAGACAUGGAGUGCUGCGUCUGCCUCCAGUCCUACUCACGCAGGGACAAGAUCCCUCAGAUGCUCCAUCGCACGCACACCUUCUGUGGGCAGUGCCUCCAGACGAUAUCCAGGCUCCAGAGCGGCCUGCUGAUGGUGUGCUGCCUACUGUGUCAUUGGAUCACAUGUACCAGGGCCAGUCUCCCCAUCGCUGGAUCCCUGUGGAUAAACACCGACAUCUGGGACAGGAUAACAGAAAGAACAGAGGAGGAGGAGCAUGAGGAGGAAGUGGAGUUGAUGAAAGGAAACAAACAAACACAGACCUCUACCCAGGAUGAAUGGCUGUAAUCUGGGGGUUGUGGUUUUAGGCUGAAACCGAACAGUUUCCUGAAGAGGGACAUUAUGUAAUAACAUAGCUACAAUCUGUGAAGAUAUAAACAUGACCACCUCAUCAUCUAAAAGUGGCUUUGAUGACAUGGGGUACAAGUCUAAUCGACAUUUUCAGGGAAACAUUUGCUUCACAGCACCACUCUCACAGCCAGUUUCCAAAAAUCACAGAAUGCCUCUUAAAUGGAAGUCGAGUUGGUUUAUUUGAAAUUGUGUUGCAUAAAAUCUUUAUGUUGCCGGUGCAUGUUUUGUACUGUUACAGAGAUUUGUUGAUUAUGUAUUCCUGAAUGGGAAAAUACUGAGUCCCUGUGUUUAACAAAUGGAAGAGUGUUGAUUGGGUUGUAAAUGUGGGAAAGGAAGAAUGAGGUGUUGAGGUAAACAUAAACCUUGUGUCAGGAUGGGGGAAGCUGCAGAUCAAUGAGUUCUAAUCAAUGGAAUUGCCAUCACAGUACUUUACAUAAUUAUAAUAUAUUUGCAUUAUGCAUAGGCCUGUUAUUCUACCCCCGGGGAGGCUCCAUAUAAACCUUUACAUUUGGAGAAUGAAAAUGACAUGAUACAGGCAUGUUUUCAACAAGAAAUGGUGGGAAACAUCUAACAUUUUCACUUUGACUUUUUAACUUUUAUCUUUUUUCCAUAAUAUUUCUUCAUUC